UAGUUUUCCUCCUCUUUUGCUUGCUAAUCUUCAAAUCAAAAUUGAAAUUUAACAAAAAAAAGAGAAAAAUAUUGAAAAGGAAGUUAUCUGUUAAUUGGAAUUCCAGGAAGGAUUCUCUAAGUUUUCAUGUGACUUGUGCAACUUUGUUCUGUCCUCUGUUCUAUGGUCUCUUUGUAGCAAAUGUGCAAUGGGGCAUCGGAUGAUACGGAUUCCAAGCAGACUUUUUUGAGGCAUUUCGCCUUGUACAGGCACUCAUUGGUGAGUCCAGAAACUGUGAAUUUUAAGCGGGAUCAUGAUUUAUACAAGUGGCCUGAACAGUUUCUCUGACGGCUCAGAGGUUGAGGAUGGACCAGAAGCUAACACUUACAAACGGAAGUACAUACUACUCUUACAGAAGUGCAAUAAGAUGCGUUUGGACAAUGAACGCUUAGUGCUCAGAAUACAUAAUGUCAAGAAACUCACUCGUAGAUAUCGCAAGGAAAGAAAGUACCUUAUGGAUCGACUGGAUGUAUACAAUGAUGACUGGAGAAAUGCAAAUUAUGAGCUUCUUCCUGAACCAGAAAAGUCGCACUCUGACCUCACACUAUCUAAUCUCUUGGAUGGGUCUCCACAAGUUGGCUCCAAUAAUUCCUCGAAGACACCGUCAAGUAGCACGGAAAAAACUCCUGGAUCCAAAGGGAAGGGUAUGAAACGCAGAGGUGAAAAAGCUGAGAAAGACCCGAAUGCGCCCAAACGUCCUGCCAAUCCAUUCUUCCAAUUCUGUCAAGAACAAAGGUCCAAAGUCCUAGACAAGAUGACAUCAACAGGGCAGUCCGAACCAACCAAGCAGGAACUCACCAAACAACUGGCCAAUACGUGGAACACCCUGUCAAAUGAUGACAAAAAGGUCUACUACAGUAUGUAUGAGAAGUCUAAGGAGAAGUAUGCAGCUGAACUAGAGCAGUACAGUUUGAACAAAGUGAAAAAUGAAUCCACGAUGCAAACUAAAUAGAAUUGCUGAUCUUCCGUUAGUGUUUUCAUGCGAGAAAUACAGGAAGCGGAGAUCGACAUCACUAAAGUCAAGAGAUUUCAAAAUUAAAAUCGUGAGGUUUUGAUAAUGAAAAAGGAAGUCUUCUUCUCCUGGCUGUCCCCAUGUAACGGAGUAAUUUAAUAUCCAGCCAUGUACCAAACAGCUUUCCCUCAUUUGCUGUACUAUCAGGAAGUUCACAACUCACUACUUAUGCUUGUUUCUGAUCUUUUAGUCAAAAACGACAUCAAGGAUUUUCAAAACUAACUGUGUACUUGAUAAACGAGUGUUGUAAUGGAUUAUUCCUAGCCUAACUCCUGUGAUAUUUUAUCCUUUUACUUUUUACAGUCCAAAAGUCUUAGGAUUAAUGUUUUUUCAACUGUGUAUUUUCAUGAAAACGAUUUAUAUCAAUGCUAAUUGACAUGAUACGAAACAGUUUAUGGUAUGGCAUUAAAAUCCAUUUUGUUUGUAUUGCUGACAAAAUGUCAGGUAAAUGUUUGUAGCCAAUCAGAGCGAACCCCAAGAGAACUUUCCAGAAAUGUAUCAUCGAAGUCUGAUAACAAGAAAUUGUUUGCGAUACCAUUCGUUUGAUUAAUUGGUGAUUUCUGAGUUCUGUGAAUCUUUCAUGCUGGAAAGCUGCAAACAAUCAGAGCUGAAAUUACAUUUCGGUUUGAAAUUCUGAAUGUACAGAAAAACCGCAUAAUGUCAUUCCCAUUGAAAAGGUUGGGAGGAGCAAGGCAUCAAUUACCAAUACGACAGAAGUAGUCCUAACUGUAUUUCACAAAUGAUGUUGCCUAAUUUUUGCUCCUGUUUUUUCUUCUUUUCUUUUUUUUUAAACAGAAAACUGAACUUUUUAACGACUUUAAACUUUCUGUGAAUUUACCCUUGAUAACGAAGAAUAUAUCACCAAAAUUUCAAGUUUCAGUGUUGUUUAGUUUUCUAUCAAAAAAAUACAACAUGAGAAAAAAAUUAGGCGAUGUCUGAUGUAGCUAGAGUGGUUCCGGUUGAAUUCGCUUGAUUUGACUUUAAGCUAGGCUAUAAUAAAUCAAUGGCCAAAGUUCAAAACCUCGUAUCUUCAUUUGCGGCGUUCCAGACUUUCUGUCAUACUUUAAUUUUUUUGGAAGGCUACUGAACGUAAUUUCUUGAAAAUCACGGUGAUAUUUCCUCUCUGUCAGUAGAAUAUUUUGUAUGAAUUUCAAGCUACACUGCUGGCUUGUUCCUCUUCGAAAAAAUAAAAUAGAAGCAGAAUUUUUAAACAUCACAUUGGAGAUACGCUGUUUCGAACUUUGGCCAUCGAAAUAUACCCCUACUGGGUCCUCUAUUCAUUCACAACAUCCCCUGCAAACUUAAUCUUUAACCUGAGGAACUUAAUUAAAAAAAAUAAAAAUUAAUUUGUUGAAAAGUGAGCUUACAUUCAAUUUUCCAGCAAGGCUACUUUUCAUAUCUUCAUCCUCCUCUUCAUGGAGAAAUGAAUAGGCACCUGUUGUCUUACCGGGUUCGUGUGAGUUGUCAUGUACAUACCUAACAUUAAAGCACUGUGUUCUUUUUAAAAAUUAUAAUUUUAAUCAAAUAUAACCAAGAAUGUGAUAUGUAAUAUAGUGGGAUCUUUUCCUCGAAAUAAAACAAAUUGUUUUACCUGAUAAAA